AAAGAGGCUGAGCAUAUAUAGCUAGCCUGCAUCUGCCCUCAUUCUUUCCAAUUUCUUCCCACCUAAGUCCCCUUAUCAACCACGAAACUCAAACCCUCUCUUUUUUCUACGUAUCUUCUUCUCAUUUAUUUCCCCUCAAAUCUCUCUCCUCCCCCUUUUCAAAUCUUUUUCUUUCUUCCCAUUAAUCCCUUCUGAGUGGCCUCCCUUUCAUCUCGCUUCCCUUCCUCCUACCAAUCCAAUCCAUAUUUAUAAUAUCAACUACUUAACCUGCUCUCUUCCUUCACCCUUCCCUUUAUUUCAAGAAUUAAUCAAUAAUGAAAGAACCCAAUCCAGCUAAAACCUGUGAGCUUUGCGACGAAGAAGCUUCUCUCUACUGCGACUCCGACUCCGCCUUCCUUUGCUCAACAUGCGACGCGCGGGUUCAUGAAGCAAACUUUCUCGUGGCUCGUCAUGCUCGUCAAACUCUGUGCUGCAAAUGCAAGUGUUUAACCGGAAACUUCAUCUCCGGCGAGAGAUCCCAGUCGUCUUUAAAACCCGUAUGCCAAUCCUGUAUUCAAGUAAAUCCAACACAUUCAACUACAAUCACUUCGUCUUCUUCUUCCGAUUGUAUCUCCAGCACUGAAAGUUCUGCGAAGAAGAUCGGAUCUGAUCAUAAAGUAAAACAACGUUACAAAAUCAGUUCUUCUUCGAGUACUGUUUCGGGCGAAAUUCCCGAUCUUCCGGUGAGAUUUUGUUGCGAGAAACGGGAGAGAUUUACCUUCAAGGCGCAGGGCAUUUUUGGAAUAUGGUGUAAACGGCUGGGGCGAAGUAGUAAUUGUGAUGUGGUUUCGUUGGCGAGUCGGGCGUUUGAAUUGUGCUUGGAGAGGUUAACGGCGUUGCCGAAAAGGGUGAGCUUAGCGGCGUCGUUUUGGGUGGGGUUGAGAGUAUAUGGCGGUGAUAGAUCGAUGGACAUGUGGCAGAAUCUUAAGAGGCUUGAGGAGGUCUCUGGGGUGCCGGCUAAGUUAAUCGUGGCCGUCGAAAGGAAGCUUGAACGUGUCAUGAGGGUAAAGAGACCGGCGAGGCAUAAUUCAGAAGAAGGAUGGGCUGAAUCCGAAUGCAAUGCUUGAGUGGCACGUGCGAAAACUAAGGGCAUUUACAUGUAAUUUUGUUUUUGAAAUAGGGUGAAUGGUUUAAUUUUAAAGGUGUGUAUGAAGAAAAGAAAACAAAAAUGAAUAUGAAACUGACUUAGUUAUUAUUGCAUAA